AUGGAACCAGACGAAAUUGCUGCCUACAUCGGUGGUGAAUUUGGGCAGUCACUCGAGAACUUGACCACCAACACCAACUGCAUAUAUGCUGACCGAAUUCGCUCCCAUGGGGUUUUCGGUGGAUCAAACCCUUUUGAGUACUCUAUACCUUCUCUUCUAAUUCAGUUGGUUAUUUCUGGAGGGGCCAUUAUGUUGUUUUCUAAGCUCCUCAAAUCCCUCGGCCAACCCCUCAUCGUCUCUCAAAUCUUCGGAGGCUUAGUUCUAGGUUCUUCGGUUCUGGGCCAGUUCAAGGGAUUCAAAGAAACCUUUUUCCCCAUGAGGGGAUUCAUAUUCCUUCACAUAGUGGCUUCAACGGGAUAUAUAUUUUACUUCUUUCUCAUUGGGGUGCAAAUAGAUCCUUCGAUAGUGAAGAAGAUUGCAAGAGGUCAUUUGUUACCAGGUCCUCUAUUGCAUUAUGGUUCUAGGAGCUCUCUGAAUGCACCAAAUGUUCACAGAUAUGAGACGUUCUCAAUAAUUUUUUCUUCUAUGAUUCUCAUAUCCAUCAUCAUUUAUGUGUUUCGGCCUGCCAUUCUUUGGAUGAUGAAGCAGAAUCCGGUUGGGCAGCCGUUGAAGGAGGGCUAUGUGAUUACCUUGCUUUUAGGGGCAUUGGUGACUGGCUUCUUUUGCCAGGCCACUAGUUUGUAUUUAUAUUUUGGUCCCCUUGCACUUGGGAUUGCAAUACCUCCGGGGCCGCCCAUUGGAUCAACAUUAGUAGAGAGGUUUCAUUUCAUCACCUCCUGGGUUUUCAUGCCAAUCUUUUUUGUCAAAAUAGGCUGGUUCAUCAAUAUCUUUAUCAUUAAAGUCAAAACUUUUUUAGUCCUGUCGUGGACUAUCGUUGUUGUUGCAUUGGGAAAGUUUUUAGGCGCCUUUAUGAUUUCAAUCUACUUCAAAUUGCAUGUGAGAGAUGCUGUAUUGCUCGGCCUCAUCAUGAAUAGUCAAGGAGCUAUGGAGCUUGGUUUGUUUUAUUCAAGGAAGAAGGACAAGAUAUUUGAUAACGAUACAUUUUCAGUGAUGUGCAUAUGCAUGGUGAUUUUGGUUGCAGUUAUUACUCCAAUAAUGAGAUAUCUCAAUGAUCCUUCAGGAACGUAUGUAGUUUACAACAAAAGAACGAUAAUGCACUCGAGAUCAAAUUCUGAUAUACAUUUAUUAGUUUGCAUUCAUGACGAAGAUGAUGUUCCUAAUGCCAUUAAACUUCUCGAGGCCUUGAAUCUAACGAGACAAAGCCAUCUUGUUGUUUACAUGCUUCAUCUUGUUGAGCUUCUUGGCCGUGCUAACCCACAACUCAUUGCCCACAAACUUACGAAGAGCAACCGUGACAUAGUUGAAAAUUAUCCCUUUACUGUUAUAUCCCAUUUUGCAACUAUGCACCAUGACGUUUGUUUGCUCGCAUUCGAAAAAGAGAUUUCUUUGGUUCUUGUUCCUUUCCACAAGAGAUUUCAUUCUAAUGAUGUGUUGUCAUUGUGCAAAAGUAAAAUGAGGACAGUUAACAAUCACAUCCUUGACAAGGCACCUUUCUCUAUCGUCCUUGUUGUUGCCCGUGGACUCUUGAAAGUCUCAAGCUCUAUCACAACGAACUUGCAUUCUUUUCAUAUAGCCGUGGUCUUCAUAGAUGGACCAGACGACCGAGAGGCGAUGUUCAUUGGGCAAGAAUGGCUGGGCACCCCAAUAUCAACUUGA